CGGUGGUAUCCAUGAUUGACCUGCGGGCAGGUCUUGUCUCAACCGAUCAGCGGUCAUAACCUCAUCGUUAACAGAGACAUCCGAACACACUCACUUACAAUGUCACACAAAUCCGUCAGGUCUGUCAACUCGUGGACCUCCCAAGAACGCCGCGAAGCAGAGGCACAAGUCGUCGCCGAACAUCUGCCCGCUGGCUACACCGCCGAAUUCGACGCCGAACACAACAGCCAAGCCCAAAACCCCCAAGAUGGGCCCUAUGAAGCGACAACACAGUCACAGACCAACACGGUCUCAACCGGCGGCGGCGAGGGGUCCUCCUCUACACGGACUCGCUCGACAACACCAACCCCAGACGGAGUAGAGAGCACCGCCGCCUCCUCCCUAAAACUCCAAGGAGGAGACAUCCACCGCGACCUCUUCAAGAUCGACGCCUCAGCCAAAAUACAACAGCUCCACCGACGAGCCAACACCUUCCACACUCCGCGAGAAUUCGAGCAAAACCCCGAUGUGCCAAUGACCGUAGCCGACCAGCUCGCUCCCGGCGGCGCCCGCCGCGCCUUCUUACACCAGAAACACGGCGGCAACGACUUCCUAGCCGCCCGCAUGCCCAUCACCCGCAACUUCGUCGAGUUCCUCGACCUCUACGGCAGCUUCGCCGGCGAAGACCUCGCCGAUUCCGACGAAGAAGCCAUCGAAGAGGAAGAGGAAGAAGCCCGCAUAGGCGAAACCACGGCUCUCCUCGGCCACCGGCGCCCCUCUACCCGUAGUAUUCGAGUCCCCAAAGCCCGCCCCCACACGGCCGGCACCACCAAGACCUUCUUCACGCUGAUUAAAGCCUUCGUCGGCACCGGCAUCAUGUUCCUCCCCAAAGCCUUUGCCAACGGCGGCCUUUUGUUCUCCUCUCUCGCCAUGGUUUUCGUCUCGGCGGUAACCAUGAUCGCCUUCCACCUUUUGUUGCAGUGCACACACCACCACGGCGGCGGCUACGGCGAGAUCGGCGCCGCCAUCGCGGGCGAGCGCAUGCGUACCUUAAUCCUGGCCUCCAUCACCCUUUCGCAACUCGGCUUUGUGUGUGCAGGCAUCGUUUUCGUAGCCGAGAACUUGACGUCCUUCCUCAACGCCGUCACGUCUGGCUCCCAAGCGCCAUUAUCUUCGGUAGCACUAAUCGCCAUCCAAGUAGCCCUCCUCGUCCCGCUCGCCUGGAUCCGCAACAUCUCCAAGCUCGGUCCCGCCGCUCUGCUCGCAGACGCAUGCAUCCUCAUCGGCGUCAGCUACAUCUACCAAUUCGACUUCCGCUCUCUAGCCUCGAACGGAAUCCACAAGUCCGUAGUCCUGUUCAACCCCGAACGUUAUACACUGAUGAUCGGCUCCGCCAUCUUUACCUUUGAGGGAAUCGGCUUGAUCCUGCCGAUCCAGAGCUCCAUGGCGCAGCCGCAGCGGUUUGAGUGGUUGCUGGCUGUGGUGAUGGUGAUCAUCACCGUGGUGUUUACGAGCGUUGGUGCACUCUCCUACGCGACAUUUGGGACGGAUACGCAAAUAGAGAUCAUCAACAACUUCCCGCAGGACAGCAAGUUGGUCAAUGCUGUGCAGUUCCUCUACUCGGUCGCUGUGCUGGUGGGCACGCCCGUGCAGCUGUUCCCGGCGCUGAGGAUCAUCGAGGGCAAAGUCUUUGGGCCGCAUCGGUCGGGAAAGAGGAGUCUGAGGACCAAGUGGAUCAAGAAUAUGUUCCGGUUGGGGCUGUUGGUGCUUUGUGGAGUGGUGUCGGUGUUGGGAACGGGCAAUCUGGAUAAGUUUGUUGCGUUGAUCGGGAGCACGGCGUGCGUGCCGCUGGUGUAUGUGUAUCCGGCGUAUCUGCAUUAUAAGGGCGUGGCGACCGGGAGGUGGGCCAAGGUGGGGGAUGUGGUGAUGAUGGUUCUGGGAAUGGUUUGCAUGGUGUAUACGACGGCGGUGACGGUUUAUUAUAGUUUUAUGUGAGGGGAUGGUGUUGGGGGUCUGACUUAGCUUACAUGGAGUUCUCGGGUUGGACUUAUGGACGGUUCUUGAGUUCGGGAGGGAGAGAGGAAAAAAUGGCGGGCUUUGAACUGUGAAUUUGCGGCGGUCCAAUCGGUGAGAAUACCUAGGGUUCAUGUCUGUCAUAUUGUUAAAAGCGCAAGAGAAAUAAAGCACUGAUGUCUUCAAGGAAACAAUCGUAGCACGAUAUUUGCCGUUUAUUCUUGAUUCUUCAGAAGACUGAGUCGGAA